GCUUCAUUCGAAAUUUUAGCUACAGAUCUCAAAGCUCCUCCUGUUGGCUAUCUCUCUCUCUCUCUCUCUCUCUAUAAGCACAGUUUGACUUUUCUCGGCGGUUUCAUGCAUGGCGGCGACUAGUGCAGAUUAUAAUCAGUUCGUCAGUGAGACCUCUUUUUACAACCGAAUGGUUCUGAGUCACCUUUUGCCGGCGAAUCUAUGGGAACCUUUACCACAUUUCCUUCAGACAUGGCUCCGGAACUACCUCGCCGGAAACAUACUCUACUUCAUCUCCGGCUUUCUUUGGUGCUUCUACAUCUAUUACCUUAAACUCAACGUUUACGUCCCAAAAGAUUCCAUUCCUACAAGAAAGGCUAUGCUUUUGCAAAUAUACAUGGCAAUGAAGGCUAUGCCUUGGUACACUCUUCUUCCAGCUGUCUCUGAGUACAUGAUCGAGCAUGGUUGGACCAAAUGUUACUCUACACUUGACCAUUUCAACUGGUUCGUCUGUUUGCUCUACAUAGCUCUCUAUCUUGUUUUGGUUGAGUUUAUGAUUUAUUGGGUUCACAAAGAGCUUCAUGACUUUAAUUUUCUCUAUAAGCAUCUCCAUGCGACCCACCAUAUGUACAACAAACAAAACACACUCUCCCCAUUUGCCGGGCUCGCAUUUCACCCGUUGGACGGGAUACUUCAGGCUGUACCGCACGUGAUAGCGCUGUUUAUAGUGCCGAUUCAUCAUAUAACACAUUUGAGUCUUUUGUUUUUUGAAGGGAUAUGGACAGCAAGCAUCCAUGAUUGCAUCCAUGGUAACAUUUGGCCUAUAAUGGGAGCAGGAUACCAUACCAUACACCAUACGACAUACAAGCAUAACUAUGGUCAUUAUACCAUAUGGAUGGAUUGGAUGUUUGGCUCUCUUAGGGUUCCUUUAGCAGAAGAAGACAGUUUCAAGGAGAAAGCAAAGUGAGAAUGUUCAAUGCUCACAUUUCUCUUCUUAAUAUGUUGUUCUUCUCGUGACUCUUAAAACAUUUCUUAUCACUUUGUUGGAAUUCAAAACAUGACUGCAUAAUUUGAUGCAAAGUUCCUGACUUCUAGUUUUAAAA